CCUUUUUCAGGAAACUGAUGACCAAAAAGAAGCUAAAAUUAUCUAGUGGAGGGCAGAGUGUAGUGUAGUACUUCUCUGAGCAAAUUUUCUUAACUCUGCAGCAGCAUUUGAUUCAGGGGAACGCACUUCAAUAAUUCAACCAGCAGGGACAAAUUUAAAUUUAAAGCAGAAAUAUUGCUGCUCCAGAGCAGAGAAACCAAAACCUUUAGGGGCCCGAAGAGGUAGUAUAUAAAGGGAGACAAAGUGAGGAAGAGGCUUGCGAAGGACACGGCAGACAUGGAGCAGAGAGAAAACUACAGCAGCUUGCAUGAGUUCACAGAGGAGCCGGGACCAGGAGGAAACAGUCUAAUCCCAGAACACAGCAACGGCUCCCAGGGACUGAAGCGAGGAGUCGAGUGUUUGCGGAGUAAGACUUCUCUCCUGAUACUUAUUGGCUUUUUGGCCUCCCUCUUUGCCAACAUCGUACUCGCUGUUCUCUUGAUUAAUAGGCCUGGUGCCUCACCGGACACUUCCUCCUCUUCAGUUCUGGGUUUGAAAUCAAUGCAGAAACGUUACAUCCAGCUGUGUGAAGACUACAGCGCCCUGGGACAGAGCUGUUCAAAGACAGUUAAGCAGUGCAGGGAGUGUCCUGAAGGUUGGCUUCAUGUCGGGAAUCUGUGUUACUAUUUCAGCAAUGACAAGCUGGACUGGAUGAAGAGCAGAGACAGCUGUGAAAAGAUGGGCAGUCAUCUCACCAUACUGCACACCAAAGAACAGCAUGAUGCUCUGGAAAAGGAAGCAAGGAGAAUUGGUGGAUUUGAUUACCACUUCUGGAUCGGCCUGUCGGACUCAGAGAAAGAAGGAGACUGGAGAUGGGUGGACAACACAACACUGGAAUACAAAUAUUGGGAUCAAUUGAGCUCAGAGCCAGAUAACCACCACACGGGAGGGGAACACGGGGAGGACUGUGCCACCUUAGACAGCCACUCGAAGACAUGGUUUGAUGUUCCUUGUGAUCACAUUUAUAAACGAAUCUGCCAGAUGGAUGCCAUUCAGCUCAACUGAAUCCCUGCACCGCUAAAUGCUGCAGACCUGCAAUAACUGGAUAUGCAAGACAAGAAAAUGAAUGGGUACAUGUUUGGGAUUAUAGGAAAUAGAAGUCGGCACUAAAAUAAGCACAUUUUUUUUUGUUUCGGCUUUUUUGGGGGGGGUAAGCUCACAGUUGCUGAAAAGCUGCAUAUUAUAUCGAGAAAGCUUGCUUGAGAUUAGGCAGUUCACUGAAAGACAUCCUUUGUGUAGUAGUGCACCGAUUUUACACAAGGAUAUGAAUAUUUUAUAAAUGUGAGACCAUGACAUCAUGUGACAAUUUUUGAGUUUACAGUGAAUUUGUGUAGUUUCACAGUUGCACUAUUUGCACUGAAAUAACCAUGAAUUUUGCCACUGUGUCAAAUUUUUUUUAAUCUGUCUGCCGUUUUUGGCUGUGAAAGCAGCAAAAUGCUUCAGAAAAAAAACUGUAGGUUUUACUGGGGGAAAAGCAGCAAUGGUUCUGUUUUGACCUUAUCAUAGAAAUCAGCCUUAAUUUAUUUAAAAACUGAGGUUUUCAAUUAAAUUUCAAUUGAAAUUGGUUGCAAAACAGGAAAUGAGAUAAUAUCUUUGCACCUGCACCUGAUAUACACCAGGCGUAUAUCAGAUAGGAAGUGUUUUUUGGGGGAUUUUUUGUUGUUGUUUUUAUUUUGGGGGGGGGGGGGUGCAUGUGUGUGUGUGUUUGUGUGUCUGAGUGUGUGUGUGUGUGUGUGUGUGUGUGUGUGUGUUUGUGUGUGUAGCACCUUGAAGUUGGUUUGUUGGGGCCACAAGGCUGCUGCAGCUGGACCUUUCUCAAAUUGGUACAUCAAAAAGCUGAAUUUGACCUCUAAGGGGUGCUUUAAUAAGAAAAUCUUUGUUUUGUUUUUGGCUGUUGAGGUGUUUGUUAUAUACCAGUAGUAUAGUGUCCUCAUCUGCAAACUCCUGAGGGUCUACUUGGGUUAAAGUGACAAAAAUUUCAUCAUUAAAUGGUGAACAUAUGCCCUCAAAUGUCUUGCCGUCUACACUACAAUAGAAACUAGUCAUGUCUUUAAGGUAGACUUCAAGUAGGCCUGAAAUAAACAAAAUCCCACUCGUCCCUGGUGACAUGCCUGCAAACAAGGCUUAUCCUGGAAUUAAACAAAUAAUUCUUGGGUCUGGUAAUAUUAUGGAAGGUCCCAAGGUUGAUAUGUGCAGUACAUGUGAAAUUAAUGUAAUUUAAAUUCACCAGCCCCAAAUUUUUCCAGUGUUGGUCAAAACUGGCACCCAAAACAUGCAAAAGCAUUAAUAUAGUCUUUAGAUUUUCAAAACCCUUGUUGGUUAAAGCUCAUUGAAGUCUGCCAAACAGAAAGUGAGGUUAUAUUUCAGCAAAUGUUUCUUGAAUUGAGUGUGAACUUAGAGUACGCCACGUCUUUUUGUGAGGUUGUGUAAUUUGACCACUGGGAGCUGCAGUUAGCAAAAACCAUAAACAGUACAGAAGAUGGAUGCAGCCAUGUGACAUCACCCACUGAUCAAUAUUUUAUUCAGUAUGAGCCAAAGCGACUGAUGGAGCCAGUAAACGCAUCAGUAAAGUGUUUACUGAGAUCUGACCUGAGGGCCAUUUUUCACAUAAACUUCUAGGUGCCGAAGUCUUUUUUGCAACCACAGGUAUUGCCCUCUGGUGGCCUUCAUAUAGAAUGCAGGUUUAAGGGACUUGAACAUGUGGCUUCACAUUUUAGCCCCUGAAGCGAUGUCUAUCUUUUAAAAAGAAGUUUUUAUCAGUGCUUAUGGCCACCCUUGAUCAAUUCAGGUUAACUGUGGCCUUCCUGCUUGCGGCUACAGUAUGAUUUCUUGGUAUUUACCCUUUAAAAUGAAUCAUGUUGCUUCUCUGCAAAAUAUCAUAUUUGUAUGUAUGUACACAUGUAAGUCAAUAAAACUGUCUUUUAUAAUCUC